UCCAAAUAGUACGCCUUGCUUCUGAGCGGUGACGCUAAGAGGGGAAAACGUUACGUUAGAUCGCGGAAUUUGAAGUUAGACGAAUAAUGAAAGAGUAGAAAGAAGCCGGUGGGUUAUGUUGUGUUAAUUGUCUUCGAAACCCGCUGUACUCUUCCGUUCGCAAGUUUACCCAUAUUUGUAAUAAAACAAUACUACAGAAUGGAGCUAACCGAAGAAAACCUUUUAACGCUAAGUGUGUAUCUCAAGGAAACACUCGACCCUGAUGUCAACGUCAGGCGACCCGCUGAAAAAUUUCUGGAAUCGGUCGAAGUGAACCAAAAUUAUCCCUUGCUACUGCUUCAUCUGAUCAACAAGGCUGAAGUUGAUUUGGUCAUCAGGAUCACCGGCGCAGUCACAUUUAAAAAUUAUAUCAAACGGAACUGGAAAAUCGAUGAAGAUACCGGAGAUCGCAUACACAUGCAAGAUCGCCUAGCUGUGAAGCGAUUGAUAAUGAACUUGAUGCUUCACUCGCCAGAGUCAAUCCAGAAACAGUUAUCGGAUGCUGUGUCCAUCAUUGGUAGACACGAUUUCCCUGAGAAAUGGCCAGAGCUCAUAGAUCAGAUGGUUGAAAAGUUUAAUACCGGUGACUUCCAUGUUAUAAACGGUGUUCUUCACACCGCUCACUCUCUAUUCAAGAGAUAUAGAUACGAAUUCAAGAGCCAGAGCCUUUGGACCGAGAUCAAAUUAGUACUCGACCAAUUCGCCAAACCCUUGACCGAUCUUUUUUUGGCAACCAUGAAUCUUGCUCAAGUACAUGCAAACAACAUUGAAGCCUUGAAAAUUAUAUACAACUCACUGGUCAUUCUGUGCAAAGUAUUUUAUUCCUUGAAUUUUCAGGACUUGCCUGAAUACUUUGAGGACAACAUGAAUGCUUGGAUGACCAACUUCCACAUUCUGCUUACUGUAGAUGUUCCAGCGUUGAAAACUGCGGAUGACGAGGAGGCUGGAGUAAUUGAACAGUUGAAAUCUCAGGUGUGCGACAAUGUCGGUCUAUAUGCCCAGAAAUACGACGAAGAAUUCCAGCCGUUCUUGCCCCAAUUUGUUACCGCAAUUUGGAAUCUCCUUACGUCGACUGGACAACAACCAAAAUUCGAUUCGCUGGUAUCUAACGCUCUGCAAUUUUUGGCCACAGUCGCCGAUCGAGCACAGUACAGGUAUUUGUUUGAGAAUCCGACAACUUUAGGAAGUAUAUGUGAAAAAGUGAUCAUACCAAACAUGGAGUUUAGAGAAUCCGACAAUGAAUUAUUUGAGGAUAAUCCAGAAGAAUACAUAAGACGUGAUAUUGAGGGCAGUGACGUUGACACGAGGCGACGCGCUGCCUGCGACCUCGUGAAAGUUUUAUCAAAAUAUUUUGAGGCAAAAAUUAUGGAGAUUUUCGGAUCCUACAUCCAGUUAAUGCUGCAAAAUUAUGCUGAAAAACCAACAGAAAAUUGGCGUAGCAAGGAUGCGGCUCUGUACUUGGUCACGAGUAGUGCUAGCAAGGGUCAAACCCAAAAGCAUGGAGUAACCCAGAGUAGUGAUUUAGUAUCGCUGCCUCAGUUUGCGGCUCAACAUAUUGAGCCAGAACUAGCAAAACGGAAUGUUAACGAAGUUCCGGUUCUGAAAGCAGACGCAAUCAAAUUCAUAAUGAUCUUCAGGUCCGUGUUACCCAGGGAAGUGGUCAUCGGUAGUCUGCCUCGUUUAGUCAGACAUCUCGCCGCUUCCAGUUCCGUUGUUCACAGUUACGCAGCUUGUGCUAUUGAGAAAAUACUUACUUUGAAGGGACCUGACGGAGGUCUUUUAGUCCAGGGAGAAGUGCUCGUAUCUCUGGCGGCUGAAUUGUUGAAGGGAUUGUUCGCUACUCUAGAGACUCAAGGCUCGGAGGAAAAUGAAUACGCGAUGAAAGCUGUGAUGAGAACGUUUUACAUUUUGCAAGAGAGAGUUGUACCAUUCCUAGGCGACUUGCUACCUAAACUGACGGAAAAGCUUACCAUUGUAGCGAGAAAUCCUAGGAGACCGCAUUUCAAUCACUAUUUAUUCGAGACUCUUAGUUUAUCCAUAAAAAUUGUAUGCAAAACGAACCCAGCUGCUGUCUCUUCUUUUGAACAGGCUCUGUUUCCAGUUUUUCAAGGAAUCUUACAACAAGAUAUUCAGGAAUUCAUUCCCUACGUUUUCCAAAUUCUUUCCCUUCUACUCGAACUCCAAACAGCUCCAGACAUUCCGGAGCCAUACAUGGCGCUUUUCCCAUGUCUGCUAGCUCCUGUCCUUUUUGAACGCCAAGCCAAUAUCCACCCACUGACCAGAUUGCUCCAGGCAUUUGUGAGCCACGGUCCUCACCAAAUUAUUGCCCAAAACAAGAUCAGCGGCCUGUUGGGUGUUUUCCAGAAACUAAUUUCAUCUAAGGCUAAUGACGAUGAAGGAUUUCAUCUGAUGCAAACGAUAAUCGAACACUUUCCUCCAAACGCGCUUGAGUCUUACAUGAAGCAAGUGUUUGUACUGCUUUUCCAAAGACUAACAUCCUCAAAAACAACUAAAUAUGUAAAAGGUCUCAUCGUAUUUUUCGCAACGUACGCUGUCAAGUACGGAGCCAGUAAUUUGGUUGCGAUAAUCGACCAAAUUCAGCCACAAAUGUUUGGCAUGGUUGUAGAGCGUGUGUUCAUUACAGAUUUACAAAAGGUAUGUGGUGAAUCUGAGAGAAAAAUUACAGCCGUCGGAAUCUCAAAUUUACUCAUAGAUUGUCCGGAAAUGUUGAACAGUCCAUACAAUGCCUACUACCCUCGGCUCUUGGCCACUUUGGUCGAGUUCUUUGAGCUUCCUCAAGACGAGAGCAUUCUACCCGAGGAUCAGGCUUUCGCUGAGGUCGACGAUGCUCCCGGAUACCAAGCAGCCUACAGCAGGCUUAUUUAUGCCGGGAAUCCUAAAAAAGAUCCGCUCCAAAGCAUCGGUGAUGUGCGGCUCUAUCUGGCACAAGGUCUUGGUAAACUAUCGCCAGGCCAGCUUCCUGGUCUGCUUGGUCAGAUUCCAGAACCUAACGCUAAUCAUCUAAGGAGUUAUCUCCAAACAGCCGGUAUUGGCGUUGCAUAAUACGAUCCGAAUAUACGCAGUAGGCUUAAAAUUUACCUAAUGGCUCGUCGUAUCAACAAUAUCGAGCUCACCGAAUUUUAACACGAUCGAAUGAAGUUUUUCAUUUCUCUUAUUCUCAGUUUUUUUUUUAAAAAACUUCCGUUAUUUUGUCGGUACUUGUGUCGAAAACCGUUGCCUUAUUAUCUCGCGAAACUCGUGAUUACUCUUAAAGUAAUGUAAUAUCCCGCUCCCUCUUGUGCUAUGUUAUUAGAAGAAAAAAAAAAAACAGAAAAAAAUCAUUAUUCAGGAUACUUGACCGUGUUUUUGUAUGAAAUUCUUCGCGUAUUCAUUCUUCCGUUUAAAAAAAAAUUCAAGCUUGAUCCGUAUUUGGAAUAUUCCGAAGAACCAGGGUCAAGAAUUACUUAAUCGACGAUGAUUUAUUGUAUUUACCCACAUACUGGUAAAUAAGUAAGUAAUCAAUAGUGAGUUUCAGUUUUAUUAUCAAUGUAAUCGACACAUGCAGAGAAAAAGAUAACAAGAGUGGGAGAGGAGAAAAUAAGUAUUUUAGAGUAACGCGGGAAAAUUCUUUCUGGUGUUUAAAUAACGUGUAUCUAAGUGCUGGACAUUAGAAUAUAAGCAUAUAAAUUUUCAAUGUGUAUGCCAACGGUAAAUGUAAGUAAUAGUAAGGUUUCUUAUAACGAUAUACAAGCUGUGUAAAAAUGUGUCGUCUUAAGAUAAACUAUUAUAACUAUUGAGAAAAAAAAUUAAAAAUUAUUGCCUAUGAUUGGUCUGAUCAUAUUUUUCGACAUUGCGAUACUUGUUUUUAUGUAAAUUGAAAUCCAGCCUUCCGAAAAUUGCGCGAAAACGAGACAGAAGACCGAUUUGUCUUUUAGGCGGCUAAAUCUCGAAAUUUUCACGAUAGCGCGGCAAAGCACGGAUACGAGUAGGUCUAAGAUCAAGAAGGAGUGAAAGCACUGUUGCGUCUUUUCUCUGAAUAAGAUAUCUCAAAUCAUAUUUGUAUAGUUGAUUUCAAACUUACACCUAAACAAUGUCAAGUUGAGACUGAAUUGUCGAAAUUGUGAGGUAGCUGUUAUACUUAAUUGUGUGACACAAACAUCAUAUCCGUACAGUUGAUCGUACUUGUAGACCAAAUUGUUUUCUGUAUAAUGUGCGAAAAGAAAUCGUCGUAAAUUUGUUAAUAAACACCCUCAAACUUUU